AUGGUCAGAUAUAGAUAUUGGAUUAAACAGCCUGUAAAAUUUAAAAUGAAUUUAUUACCAUCAUCAACUGCGGAAGAAAAAGACGAUACACCUCAAGAACGGGAAGAAAAAGGCGAUUUAACAAAAGAACAAGAACAGGAAGAAAUAUCCGAAGUCAGCGAUAAAGAAAAAGUAAAAAGUAAGAGAAAUCAAAAAGGUAGUUUAAAAAGUGCAAUCAAACCCAAAAAAGAACCACCGGGUUCGACAACGACCGAAAUCCCGAUGAAGGGAAGGAUAAUGAAUACAAUCGCCGAAGAAACAAAUAACGUGGAAGUCUCGGUUCAAUUAGAAUUGCCAUCCGAUAAGACAAAAGACACAGGGUAUUCAACUGUUAGCUUAUUCAGCACCGAUUCUCAAAAGAAUGUCACACUUCCAGCGACAGAAUUUAAAAAAAUUACAACUGUCGAAAAAAUAUGUCCGAAAAAAGUUGAAACGGUCGUUGUGAGCGAACUGACACCCAUAAUAACAAUUAAACGUCAAGGUAAUAAAGAAACAAUUGAAAAAAAAACUCCCAUUCUCAAGCAUACAACGACAACGACAAUUGUUAAAAAGACAACUUUGACUACAACCGAAAAAACAACAACCAUAGGAAAUCCAAAUUCUUCAAAAAAUGAAAACGAACAACAACAACAACUCGAAAAAAAAAUUCAUAGAAAAGACUAA